AAAAAGAAGAAGAUUUUUCACUCCUGAAAGAAUUUGUAAGCCAAAACAAAAACAAAAAAAAACAAGAAGAAGAAGAAGAAUGGUCAGCCAACUCAUCCAAUCCAACCAGUCCAUGCUCACCAUCCUCGCCAUCCUACUAGCAGCACUACUGACCAUCAGAUUCAUUCGUUCAUCAACAACAAAACCUAAACCAGCCCUAGUCUCAAACCAAUUCCAACACUUCAAACUUCAUUCCAAGAACGAAGUCUCGCCGAACACUGCAAUCUAUCGAUUCGCAUUGGCCAGCCAGGAUGACUACCUAGGACUACCCAUCGGACAACACAUCGUCAUCCAGGCCGAGAUCGGCGGCAAACAGAUUCAGAGGAUGUAUACCCCAGUCUCAAGCGACGACGAUCGAGGAUACUUCGAACUGAUGAUCAAGACUUACGAACAGGGUAACAUCUCAAAAUAUAUAUCAAAACUCAGGAUCGGCGAUCCGAUCCAGGUCAAAGGACCCAGGGGACAGAUGAGAUACCAUCCUGAACUAUGCUCUCAGAUCGGCAUGAUCGCCGGUGGGACGGGAAUCACACCCAUGCUGCAAAUCAUCAGGGCUUCCGUCAAGGACUCGAACGAUAAGACCAAGAUCUCACUGAUCUAUGCCAACGUCAACCCAGAAGAUAUCCUCCUCAAACAAGAACUAGAUCGGAUCCAGAACGAUCAUCCGAAGCGAUUCUCAGUCUACUACGUCCUCAAUAACCCUCCCGAAGGUUGGACCGGCGGGGCAGGCUUUGUGACGAAGGAGAUGAUCGAGAGCAAACUGCCGCCAUCCAAGCUGACCAAGCAGGUCAAGAUCCUCCUCUGUGGUCCUCCCCCGAUGAUGUCGAUCAUGAAGAAGUAUCUGGAGGAACUCGAGUUUGAGAAGUGUAGAGUGAUCAGUAAAUUGGACGAUCAAGUGUUUUGCUUUUGAACACCCCAUCAGAAUUUAAAAAAAAAUCUAUCCAUCCUUUUUUUUUCUUGUUAAAGAGUUCUAGAACAAUCGUUGCGUUUCCUUCUUAAAAAAUCAAUCUCCCCCC